AUGCACGAUCAGGCCAUUGUGCCACAACCACAGCUGGAGAUUUACAACCCUGUCAUAGAAUGGCUCCAUGAGGAUCAGACGUUUUAUGAUUUUUCCUUUCUUCCAACAGAAAUUCGAUUCAUGAUAUGGGAGUUUGUUCUGAAAAACUCACGAAUUAUUCGCAUCAGCCUCAUUGUAGACGGAACGAAAGGCGACGAUGAACCAAUGCUCAGCUACAAUGGAUCUUACACUGCGCAUUUGUACGACAAUCAUACAAUCAGCAAACUUUUCCGAGUGAACAAGGAAUCCAGAAAAGUUGCAAAUGCCUUUUAUCGAGUUCAAUUCUCUUGCAUACUUCAGAAUGUCACCGGGAACAAUGUCACGGAAACUUGUUAUAUCAAUCCUGAAUAUGACACCAUUCAGCUCGAUAUCAAGGGGAGUUCAUCAAGUGCCAGCUUCAUCCAUUUUCUACACGCCUUGAAGAACUACGAUCCACUCCAUAUCGGACUACUGAGCUUAGCUCUGGAUAAACGCUCACUGCUCAACAUUCAUCAAUUUGCCAGACAAGCAGGCCCCAACAUUUCAUCAUUGGGAUCCCGAUCUGCUUUUCUAGCCCCCAUCACUCAGCUUCAACAUCUUUAUUUUGUUAGCACACAUGCAGCUCGCCAGGUUUUCAACCGUGCAGCCCCCUAUAACUGGCCAAUGUUUAACCGCGCAUUACCCAUCAGACCGGUGACAUCCGGCUUUGAGCUUCUCCAUCGAGAUCCACGCUCGAUAGAGCUAGACCUUGCCCGUCAACACUUGGGCGAAGACCCCCGAGAAAUGAUCAUCGCUUGGCGGGAAAUUCUACAUACAUUGCAAAUAUGGCCUACCAAGAUCGACUAUCAGUUCAUGUUGGCUUUCCACCCCCCUACUGGAGUUCGGAUAUCAAACCAGGGAAACGCACUUCAAUGGUUGCGAAGUGAGGAUGCAGAAUGGCAAGGCGCAUGGCGAUUGGGUGACAGUUUAAGGAACGGAAACUGGGCUCUUAGAUACUGGGAGUUUACAGACCGGUUCGGUGAAUGCGAGAUUGGUGCUCUCCACGAACGAAAUCAUAAUGAGAAUCUUGAAAAGGCUGUCAAACCUGCUUUUGGCUUUUGGCUGUUUCCACUCAGGACGAUAUGUAAGUGGCCAGAGGAUACAGCGGAUGAAAAUUGGGAUGUAUGGCCAGCAACGUGUUCGCUGGCUCACGAAUGGCCGGCACUUGCAUUAUCCUCUCUCCCAUGA